UGAGGAGAAUCGGCAACAACUACAAAAGGAAUUACAACAAAUUUUGCAGCGACGAUGUGAGCACGACAAAUCAGUGCGCGCCAAAAUUCGGCAAAAAUACCAAAGUUUUGUGGACGAGCAAGAACGACGCAACGAACGCAACAAAAUCCUCAUGCAAAUGCUCGAGCGCAUUGAUCAGCAGUCGGCCGCGUUAUCGGCGCGUAGUGAGCGACUCAAAAUGAUGAAGCUCCAAUAUGAACGUUACUUUGCCAAACUUAUGCAAACUCAGCCCGUGCGAUGUAUACCAGGCGCUACCGAACUCAAUAUAGGAGUAGCAGCUGACGCAGUGCCAAUAUCUGCAGUGUCUGCCUCCACACAGAUACCAGUCUUAUUGCCGGCGCAGCCUGCCAACUCUACUCUACCGACUAACGCAUUUGGCGGUGGAGAAAACUCUGUUCACGGAGGAGGACAGCCGGCCCAACCGAUAACAGCUUCCAAUGAGCCACAACCGGCUGCACUUACGCCACGAAUGUGGACUUUUGCGAUGGCAACACCGACGCCUGCGGGGUUACUGCUUACUGGACCAACGCCACCGGCUAUGCCGACCGCGUCACUACCAACGGCAACUACACCUUACGAAUUCUUGCAGUAUCCCUUGGGUUAUGCACCAAUUCUACAGCAACCAAUUCACCAGCAAGCGCACUACACUGCGCCAACUUCAUAUAGAACAAGUUUAUAUGGAAAUCGGGCAAACAAUCCACCCCAAACGCAUAAUGAUCUGUUAAGAGAAAAGAAACUCAGCUUCACCAGCAGUUAUGUGCCGACUGCUGAGGCAGCAACUUCCACAGAAUUCCCUAUGUUAGCUAAUGAGAGUCACAAUACAAACAGUGAUCUGUUAGAGACGCCGAAUCUUAUCUCCAAACCACACGAUUCCAAUGAAGUUGAAAACAGUCAAGCAGAAGGAAGUUCAAACAUUCAUCGGGCAGUACACACACUUCCUUUGCAAACACCUACCUCGGCCACAGAUGAACCUUUAUCACAACAGAUCGACUACGAUUUUAAAGCUUACGAGCAAUCUCCUGACGCAAAAGCGAGUGAGCCGAGCUCAGGACUUACAGAAGUAAGGAAUAAACUAUCUGAAGUGCAUCUUGAGGACGAUGAAAAUUCAAACGACGUUUCAACUUAUAUGAAUAGGACACCGAUCGGUAAUUUUGAAAAACCAAGCAUGAUCACAAGCACGCCCUACAGCUACGAAGGAACCAAAGAUAAGCCAAAAGUUGUAUUGAGUGCUACUGAAGAUGGGGAGGGGGGAGAGCAUUCAACUUUAAGCACAGCGGAAGAUCACUUAAAAAAAUUUGCAGAAAUUGAAAGAAUAUACGGUCCCAUAUUUACCGAGGAAGAGAACGACAAUGCAGAUCUCACUGGCAUAGACUAUCAGCAGGGUUUGAAAGAAUAUAAACCAUUCUCAGAGAUCAUUAACCCGAAAUCUAAUUUAACUGAGGAUAAGCCAACCGUUUCCACAGUGGAAAGCAUGGAAAAUCAAUCCUCAUGGCAAUCACACACUGGUUCCAUUGAAAAUGCGCCUUCGUCAACUAGUGCCAGCAUUUCAACUGCAUCAAAACCGGUUUCAAUCGAUAACAUUGAAAAUGCCAUUUAUGGUGAGUUGGUGAAUCCACAUUUGUCUGAACCAAAAGCGCCAAAUAUGGGUAACGCCGCUCAGGGCUUUUUCACUGAGCUACUCGGUCAACAAGACCCGACGCAAGAAACCGACGAUAUGGAGAAGGUUAGCUCGCAAAAGUCAGAACAAACCGCUAAACGUGUGUUGGAAACAAGCACGCCUACCACCAACACAGAUAAGAAAAUAUCUGUUGAUGAUGUCGCUGGUUUGGAAUACAAAACUGAAGCUUCACUGAGCGAGACACAAAACCAGGCUGCAUAUGAUACAUCCGAUGCUGAAGCUUAUCUUCCUACAAGCACACCAACAACGGCAGGCGUUUACGGCGCUGCUGAGACAACGAAUAACUACGCCGAAUAUCCAACUGAACAGACCAUCGAUCCGAACGCCACUGAUGCCAGCAACCUUGAUCAGCAAGAACAACAAUCGGACUACGCCCAGCAAGACUAUGGAAAUUAUGAUCCAUCCCAGUAUGGCAACUACGACCCUAACGCCUACCCCGGCUACAUAUACGACGAAGCUAGCGGACAGUACGUCGUCGAUCCACAAUAUGUGGCCGGCGAUGGUAGUACUAUGGACGUUGCGUAUGCUGCGCCAGACUAUGGCGAGCAAGUGCCUCAUGAACAACAACAACAGCAGCAAUUGGACUAUCAAAAUGCGCAAAGUCAAGAAGUUAGCUACGGCUAUGAGGAAAGCACGCUUCCAACACCACCAGCAACAACUGCAGAUGUUACAGAACCUGAGCACUCUGCAGCUGCUGAAACUUCAAUCAAGCCAACAUCGGAACCAGCGUCUGCCGACCCAGUUGCGACACCAGCUGCCGUAAGUGCACCAAAAGUUUUGAAACCCACAUCGAUUCUCUCCACGGCGGAGAAAAACGCGACGCAGACUGAUGCGCAGAAGAAGAAGAAGCGCGUCAAUUUUGUGGAUAGUAGUGAGACAGAUGACAGUUCCGGCGCUAAACUACCGGGCGUUGGUGCGGCGACGGUUGGAGGUAGCGAGAGUGACUUUGACUUUUCGAGCGGCGCUGAGACAUCGGUCGGUUAAACGAGAUUACCGACGACGGUCUAGAAUUUUUCCAAUUAAAAUUUUGUAUGCACUUUAUUAACA